GGGAGACGGCCGUGCCCUAGCAACCGGAGCGUCGACGGUAGCGACGGCGAUGGCAAAAGCAACAACUAUCAAAGAAGCUCUAGCCAAAUGGGAAGAAAAAAAUGGCCAGAAGGCUUCAGAGGCAAAAGAAGUGAAACUGUACGGCCAGAUUCCUCCUGUAGAGAAGAUGGAUGAAUCUCUCUCCACUCUUGUUAACUGCGAGAAGCUUUCAUUGUCUACAAACUGCAUUGAAAGAAUUGCCAACUUGAACAGCCUAAAAAAUUUGAGGAUUUUGUCUUUGGGAAGAAAUAAUAUUAAGAACUUGAAUGGAUUGGAAGCAGUUGGAGAUACGCUAGAAGAGCUGUGGAUUUCGUACAACUUCAUUGAGAAACUGAGGGGUAUCCGUGUAAUGAAGAAGCUGAAGGUUCUUUACAUGUCCAAUAAUUUGGUGAAAGACUGGGCAGAGUUUGCGAGACUGGCAGAGCUGCCAUUAUUAGAGGAUCUGGUAUUUGUAGGCAAUCCACUGCAAGAGAAAUACGCCUCUGAUCAGAAGAACAGCUGGAUUGAAGAAGCAACCAAACGGGUGCCCAAGCUGAAAAAGCUGGAUGGUAUCCUUGUUAUUAAGCAAGAAGAAGAUGAAGAAGGAGGAAACUGAUGAGACUUUUGCGUUGGUUGUUUAAUAAUUUAAAUAUCUCCAGAUUGCUCAGCACAUAGAACUUUUGUAUAAACGUUUGUUUUGAAGAAAAGCUUUGGGCAAGUUUUAUAAGACCAGCUUAUCUCCACAGUCUCUUACCCAAAGAGUUACUUACCAAACUUCAGGCACACCAGUUUUGUCAAGCUUCUGACAUCUUCUGCAGAGACCAGUGGAGUUGAGUUCAUCUUUUGUUUGGUUAGUGAGAGAUCUUUUACCUGAGCUAAUACCUAGCUAUUCCUAAUUCCUGACUAGUGGUGCUUAUUGUUCGCUCUUGUGUUACAACAGAGCAAUUUUAGCUUGUUAGAUGCAGCUGGCCAACAUUCAGUUGAAACACCAUUGCUAAAGGAACAAUGUUACAUUUUAGAACUAUGUUAUAGACUUUGUUGUGUUUAAUCCUGUUACGGGAAUCCCUUAAUAUUUUAAGUAUGUGAAUUUGCCUUUUCAUCCCCUUAAGUAUUAUGCCAAAUAGGCCCAGAAGUUGUGGACAUACGCACAAGAAAGGUAAUGGGCUCAUGAUCUCUUGUUAUGGACUGCAAGUUUUGAAUUGGGCUUCUUGCAUUGGAACUCAUAACUUCAUUGCUUAGAAGGCCAUGUAUAACUUAUAUGAUGUUAUUUAUUUUAAAGAGGCAGUAGGAAUUCUUUGCAUGGUUUCAGUGAGACUAAAGUAUCUUUUUUUCUCUUUUUUAUAAAUUAUUUUGAUUGGAAUAAGUAGACUAUUGGCCUACAGCUGGUUCCUGUUCCCAGUCUUGUUUUGGCUCACUGAUGGACAUAAUCCUUCUCAGCUCUGGAAUUUUCAUACAACUAUAAGUGGGCUCAGAAACAAAUUCAGAAACAGUGAACAAGAGACCUGGGCUUGAGAUGUAAAAGGUAGGGUUUGGGAUACUAAUUUUUUUUUCUAAAGCACAGAUGAGUGAAAUGUGUAUGUGGUUACUGAGGAAGGUGAGACAAGGUGGGAAAUGGGUAUUGGAAAAUAAGUAUUGAAGAUGUACUAAACAUGCUCUGUUGCACGUUAACCGUUUUAGUGAACCUCCUUAUAUGGCAGGUAACUAUUUUUAGUGAAAAGCAGUAUGUAAUGCUAAAGACAGACAUAAUUGCACUGUUGGAUGCAAAAAAUGUUCCCUCCUCUCUACUUCCUUUAGAAAAUAGAUCAACUCAGCUAAGUGGAUUUUUUGGCAGCUUGUUUUUAUUGUUUUUAAGCUUUUCUUCUAAUUCAGUGCAUUAUCUUUGUUUAAACUAGAAAAGUGUGCUUGCAGGUUUUAGAGCAGACAUGUAAGGGACGAAGUUCAGAACACCACUUUUGUUUGUGAAAGAGUGGCAGGGGUUGAUAUCCUGGAAAGUCAUGGGCAGGGAUAAAAGGGUGGAAGGGACCCAGGCGACAGCGAUAUUGAUCUCAAGCUCCAGGUGUAAUUUUAGUAGAAGAUAAUUCUAUUGCUCAUCAAUAUCUAAGUAAAAGGUGUGAAGAUUACAAGGAAAUCAGAGCCUAGUUUCAAUAUAUUCUUUCUUGUUAUUCUGGGAUUUUUAGAGAAAUGCUUAAGCAUUCCAACUUAAACUGGCAGAUACAAAUAAGUCUCGAGUUUCAUUUAGAUCCAUUUCUUAAAAUAAGGUCAGAAGAACAAUGGCCAAAGCUGGAUUUAUUUUACAGAUUUUGUAGUCUCUUGUAAUUCCUUCUAGUGUUAUGCUCUAUCGUUAGGAAAGGCAGCACUGAUUAAGAAACACACAGGGAGGGAGUAUUAUACAGCAAACAACCAUUUCACGUUGACCUCUUAAAACCAACUCAGUUCACGUGCAGCCAAUCAGCUUUGGAAAAGUGGAUGUGAUUUGAAGGAGCACCUAGCUUAUGGGCACACAUGGUCUUCACUGACCUCAGCUUUUGUGGUAGGGCAACAGGGAAUAGGCUUGGGCCCUUGCAUGAAGUGAUUAAAGUGUGCUUAUAGUGAGAACUUCAAAUGUUAGCAACAACUAGAAAAGCCAAUUUCAGAUGUGUGUGCAGCUGUUUUCAGGAUAGAAUAUGCAGAAUAUAUGCAUGGAUUCUGGCCAAGAGGCAACGCAUUUAAAUCCCUGCACCUUCAAAAACCAAUGUGUGCAGUUAUGGUACGUAUAGCUUAAAUUAAUUAAAUAAGUUAAUUAGCUCCUCAAAAGAAACAAGACAGAGAUGAGAAUGUUGUCCAGUGCUACAUGAUCCUACUGGUUAAUUUUGUAAUAUCUAAAUAUGGUCUAACUCUGUACAUUUACAAAGGCAGCAUUAGAUACAGCAAAGACUCUACUUUGACUAUUGUGGGACAAUCUGAGAACAGAAUAGAAUUUUAGCAUUCUAGGUGGAGAUAGUUCCGUUGCCAAGGCUUGAGGAACCUCCAAGAGGUUCCUGGCUCUUGUAACUGACAAGUUGAGGCUCCACGGAUUAAUUACCAUUAAUCAGUCCAGCAAUAACUAUUGCAGUUGUUCGUUGGUAGAGCUGGGUAUAGCAUAUGGCUGUUGGCAUCAGCUCUUUUCACAAAUUAACAGCACAAGUUCUCUUUUUUUGCAACUACGUUAUAAAUAUGAAAAUAAAAGCAGUCAUUACUGAAAGGAACAGGGCAUCCAGUCUCAGCACAAUUGUAGCAGCAGCAAGGUAAACUUAGAAGAUUUUCCUUUGCCUUUCAACCUCCUGCAUACUGCAGAACCUUUGCAUGUAAGUUAACCCUUUUCUGAGUUUUAGCUUAAUGUUAUAUGUGAUGAAUUGUGGGUUACUGCCUAGCACAAAUCAAAAUCCCAUGGACUUUACUAGCCCCAAAUAAAUUAAGUUUCAAUCAAUUUCUAAAAUUUGCACUUUAAAAAUUAUGCACUGGAUGUGGUAGAAGAUACAGAUGAUAGAAUUUAAGCAACUGAUUUGCAAUGCAGAUGGAGCUGCACUGCGUCACAGAUACACUAUCAGAGAUCAGACUGUGUGCCCAGGGGAGCGGCUGAGCAGCAGUUAGAUGCUGAAAGAAUUCUUCCUGUGUUAUUCUUUGCGCCUCCACAUCUCACCACAUCUAAUGAUGUCCUAAGCACAUUAUUAUUCAUGGAUGAGAAGAGCACCCAUGUAAAACUUGCAAGCCAUGUGGAAUUCUGCUUUUCCCACAGAAAUUAUGGAGGAUUAGCAUCCACUUAAUUAUAUAGAGAAAUAUCCUACAAUUAAAUUAAGAGAUAGAAAAUAGGUAUUUUACUUGCUUGUUAGCAUAGACCUCUCUUCAAAGAGAUGAUGUAUGCAGUGGUUAUCUUUCAAAUGGCUGGAAAAAUGUGAGAAGAGACCCGAGAACCAGCAGCUGAUUCAAAUUACAAGAGUAGAUCCAUCUAGGAAAAUCUUCAAGCAAGAAAGCACUUUUUAACAUCUACUUUUGAUGACAUUUUGUAUACUGUAAUUUUGUAGCAUGACCAAACUGUUAAAGUUGCUGUGUUUAAAUUAUUUAGGCUUACAUUUAUAAAUGAACUUAUGUGAAACUUGUUUAAAAAUAACAAUGCUAUUUUAUAAAAAAAAAGUCUUUGGCUAUUGUGUAAUGGAAUAGGCUCAGCUUCUGGUGAAUUUUCAUAAAUUAAUUUUUGUUCUCAUUAACUUUUCCUAGCUGCUCAGGGAGCAAUGUAUUUAUAGUAUGGAAAUGCUGUCUCUUAUUGCCUCUAUAUUUUAGGAUAGGAAAUAAUUUAGGCUUUACAGAUGUUGAUCUAAUUGUGAUUGUUGUCAUCUGAUACAUAAAUAUUUUUCAGUCUUUUAAUACAGACACUGGUUGUCAGAUUUGUUGUUAGUUCCUAAGAGAAAAGUCUGCUAUUUUUAUUUGGGGUAAAAAAAAUUGCAAGUACAUUAAAUAAGGGUAAGUCUUUUUUUCAGUACAAAAAUCACAGGUUUGCUUUGAAUUCAAGCUCUGGGAAUAGCAUUACACAAUCAACUCCAUUUAGCCAGCUCAGGAGAAGGUUGGUGCUUAAUGAACUUCUGUAAUAGGAACUUCAGCCUUCAAUAAACAGUGCCACUGAAAUGUAGUUUAAAAACUCAUGAAAAUGUAAAUGAUGUAAAUGAGAAAGCUUUCUACCCCGCAGUAGUCACCCUCAAAGGGAUAAGAAUAUCAUCCUGCACUGAUAGCUGUAGGCCUAUUGAAAAAACAAACGUCUAGGGAAUUACUGCAAAAUUCCUCAUAAUGUUGCUCCCUCAAAAUGCAUUUGAGCUCAGAAAUCACUGAAGUGCUUUAUAAAGUUCUCUCAGUAGAUGAAAUAACCUUGGAUCUACCCAUUUUAAAAAGAUGAAAACCAAACUGCCCUAAACUUACCACUGUUAAUUUUCCAUCAUCCAAAUUUCGUUUGCCCAGUUUUAGUGCAGUGCAGUCAGCCUGUAACACUUGCCCAUAGGCUGUGAUAGUGAGGCAAGUGCAUUAUUUUCUUUGCCAUCUAAA